AGGCUGUGUGAGGAGGCAGGAGAGGUAGGGGAGACGUGGGACAUAAAUAUUGGGCAGUAGCAGCCACCAGCAUCAUUCCAGCGUCAGCCUUGCCCUAUCUAGUACUUUCCCAGCCUAUCUGCCUGCCUGCCCACCUGCCUACAGAGCAACCUCUUCUCCAAGAUGCGUAGUGGUGCACUCGUGGCCAUGGUGUUGGUGGUGGUCUGCGUCGCCCUCGUCACCCAGGGCCAGGAGCUCAAUGUGCCCGAACGCGAGGCCGUGGCCACCCUGGCGGCGCACAUCCUGAAGGUGGUGCACGCCCCGCCUGAGGUCGUCGGGAGCCUUCCCCACAAACGCAACUCUGAGAUCAUCAAUUCGCUGCUCGGCCUUUCCAGGCUGAUGAACGAGGCCGGCAGGCGGUGAUGGGCGAGCGCUUCGCCUACCACGCCUGCUUUAGGCUGACGCCUGCCCGUCACGCCACAUCACAAAGAUCAAUUGAAUAAACAGUACAAGAACAUCCGCA